AGCACUUCUGGGAGCACCCUCUUUCCCCCAGAGUGAGCACUUCUGGGACCGCUCACCGCCUCCAGAGUGAGCACUUCUGGGACCGCUCACCGCCUCCUGAGUGAGCACUUCUGGGAGCACCUCUUUCCCCUAGGGCCAGCGAGGCCCCCUCCCCGCCCCUCUGCCCCGCGGCCAGGAUGGACCUGAAGGUGGACGAGGAGGAGGCGGGCGGCGUGCAACCGGUCAGCAUCCAGGCCUUCGCCAGCAGCUCCACCCUGCACGGCCUGGCGCACAUCUUCUCCUACGAGCGGCUGUCCCUGAAGCGGGCCCUGUGGACCCUCUGCUUCCUGGGUUCCCUGGCCCUCCUGCUCUGCGUCUGCACCGAGCGGGUCCAAUACUAUUUCCAUUACCACCACGUGACCAAGCUGGACGAGGUGGCCGCUUCCCACCUCACCUUCCCGGCCGUCACCUUCUGCAACCUCAACGAGUUCCGCUUCAGCCGAGUCACCAAGAACGACCUGUACCACGCGGGCGAGCUGCUGGCCCUCCUCAACAACAGGUACGAGAUCCCGGACACGCAGAUGGCGGACGAGAAGCAGCUGGAAGUGUUGCAGGACAAGGCGAACUUCCGCGGCUUCAAACCCAAGCCCUUCAACAUGCUCGAGUUCUACGAUCGCGCCGGUCACGACGUCCGCGACAUGCUGCUCACCUGCCAGUUCCGAGGGGAGACCUGCGGGCCCGACGACUUCAAAGUGGUGUUCACCCGUUACGGCAAAUGCUACACGUUCAACUCCGGGAGGGACGGGAAGCCGCGGCUCAAGAGCAUGAAGGGCGGAACGGGCAACGGGCUGGAGAUCAUGUUGGACAUCCAACAGGACGAGUACCUGCCGGUGUGGGGGGAGACCGACGAGACGUCUUUCGAAGCCGGGAUCAAGGUCCAGAUCCACAGCCAAGAUGAACCUCCCUUCAUCGACCAGCUGGGUUUCGGCGUGGCGCCCGGCUUCCAGACCUUCGUGUCCUGCCAGGAGCAGCGGCUCAUCUACCUGCCCCCGCCCUGGGGCACGUGCAAGGCAGUCACCAUGGACUCGGAUUUCUUUGACUCCUACAGCAUCACGGCUUGCCGCAUCGACUGCGAGACCCGCUACCUGGUGGAGAACUGUAAUUGUCGCAUGGUGCACAUGCCAGGGGAUGCUCCCUACUGCACCCCGGAGCAGUACAAGGAGUGCGCAGACCCCGCCCUGGACUUUCUGGUGGAGAAGGACCAGGACUAUUGCGUCUGCGACAUGCCCUGCAACAUGACGCGCUACGGCAAAGAGCUUUCCAUGGUCAAGAUCCCCAGCAAGGCCUCCGCCAAGUACCUGGCCAAGAAAUUCAACAAAUCGGAGCAAUAUAUUGGGGAGAAUAUCCUGGUGCUGGACAUCUUCUUCGAAGUCCUGAAUUACGAGACCAUCGAGCAGAAGAAGGCGUACGAGAUUGCCGGACUGCUCGGUGACAUCGGGGGGCAGAUGGGGCUAUUUAUCGGGGCUAGUAUCCUCACGGUGCUUGAACUCUUCGACUACGCCUACGAGGUCAUCAAGCACAAGCUGUGCCGACGGGGCAAGUGUCAGAAGGAGGCCAAGAGGAGCAGCGUGGACAAAGGCGUGGCCCUCAGCCUGGAUGACGUCAAACGCCACAAUCCGUGCGAGAGCCUCCGGGGCCACCCCGCCGGCCUGACGUACGCCGCCAACAUCCUACCUCACCACCCGGCCCGUGGCACCUUCGAGGAUUUUACCUGCUGAGCCCGGGACCCGUUCGACCCCUUUCGACCCCGUUGGGCCCGGCCUCGACCAAAGGCCUCGGGGCGGGAGGGGAGACGAUGGGUGGGGGGAAGAGGAGGGG